CCCAGACGCCACUUGCGGCGGAUGGCGGCCAGUUCCCACGGGCCCCGAGCCGGGUGCGGAGGCGUGGGGCGCUCGGGCGGGGGCGGGCCCUUAAUAGGGGCCGCUGCGGGGACUGGAGUCGGCGGAGAAGCCGGGGUCCCCAGCGGUGGGGCCCGUAGCGCCAUGGCUCACGUGGGCUCCCGCAAGCGCUCGAGGAGUCGCAGCCGGUCCCGGGGGCGGGGGUCGGAAAAGAGAAAGAAGAAGAGCAGGAAGGAUGCCUCAAGGAACUGCUCGGCCUCCGAAUCCCAAGGUCGCAAGGGCAGCGCGGCCCUUGGGGCGGAGGAGAGAAGCAAGCACAAGGCCCGGAGGAGACCACGAUCCAGCUCCUCCUCCUCUUCUUCCAGUUCUUCUAGCUCUUCUUCCUCCUCGUCCUCCUCCUCUUCCUCCAGUGGUGGCCGGAAGAAGCGGGGGAAGCACAAGGACAAGAAGAGGAAGAAGAAGAAGAAGAGGAGGAAGAAGCUGAAGAAGAAGGGCAAGGAGAAGGCGGAAGCACAGCAGGUGGAGGCUCUGCCGGGUCCCUCACUUGACCAGUGGCACCGAUCAGCUGGGGAGGAAGAGGAUGGCCCAGUCCUGACAGAUGAGCAGAAGUCCCGAAUCCAGGCCAUGAAGCCCAUGACCAAGGAGGAGUGGGAUGCCCGGCAGAGUGUCAUCCGCAAGGUGGUGGACCCCGAGACGGGACGCACCAGGCUUAUUAAGGGAGAUGGCGAGGUCCUAGAGGAAAUCGUAACCAAAGAUCGGCACAGAGAGAUCAACAAGCAAGCCACCCGAGGGGACGGCCUGGCCUUCCAGAUGCGAGCUGGGUUGCUUCCCUGAGGGCCCUGGCUGGCUAAGGCCUGUGGACAGUGCUGGCAGCCCAGCCUGGGCAGGCCUCAGGGUGGCAAUGGGAAGCCUGAUGGGUGCUGGUGGCCUUUCCUCCAUGGAUUGGCCUCUGGCCCAGCCCAGCCUCUUCUCAGGGGCAGGGGGUGGAGGAUGGGGUUACUGGCCUGCUCAGCACUCCCAUCUGAAAGAGCAGUGCUUCACAGCUAUUAAAGUCUCCCUGGUUUGAAACUUU